AGCUGUUCUUUUCUAAUCUCUACGUCAUUUUCUAGUCGUUCGACAUGAGUUUUGUAAAUACCCCAGUUUGUUGAUUAGUUAGAAGACAAUGCACGUGAUACCAUCUCCUUCAUUAAUUUCAGGAUCUCUAUAUAUUGUCACCAAACACUCAUCUGCUCAAACCAACAAUUUCACAUUCUCCUCAAAUACUACUCUUUCCAAGAAAAGAUUCAACUCCCUCAAACAUAUUUAUAAAAAUUCAUCCAAGAAACAAUGGCAGUAAGAUUUCCUAGUGUUCUCCGUGCCUCUUUCUUGUCCACCAAGAAAUCUACUUCAAGGUCUUUAGAUGUGCCGAGAGGUUUCUUGGCUGUGUACGUUGGCGAGAUGGAGAAGAAGCGAUUCUUGGUUCCCAUAUCAUAUUUGAACCAGCCUUCGUUCCAAGAUUUGCUCAAUAAAGCAGAAGAAGAAUUCGGGUAUGAUCAUCCCAUGGGCGGUUUGACGAUUCCUUGCACGGAAGACGAUUUCAUUCAUGUUACUUCGACCUUCAGUAGAGCAUAAAUAAGAGAAUAUAGAGCUUAAUUUACACUGACAACACAAACAAUUUUGUAUCAUAGGAAUUUUGUAUUCAAUGUUAAUAUAUUAUAUCAAACACUCUUGCUCGUAUUUACAGCAAAAGUACUAUAUAUAUGGCUCUUCAUCAAUGUAUAACUUUUGUAAUUUUAACAAUUUAGUUAAUUGAUACAAACUGAGAUUCCAAUCGCGCAAA